AUGGACGAUAGCGAAACAUCUGUAACGGACUUGUCCGUUUCACCGGAAUCGGCUGCAAUCGCCGUGGGUGGUGGUGGGGUAGGUGGUGUGCAAAUAUGUCCAGCGAUUAUGCUUGGCAGCUCGCAGGCUUUACCUGGAGCAUCUAAACAUAUCUACAGCCGACUGGCCGCAAAUGCCGCUGAAGUAGACGAGGGUAUGCCAACUCUCAUUAUAAGCUUGGUCUCGAACGGAAAUCAACUCUCAGAGAAGUACCUCUCUCGGUUUCAAUCCGCGAUAAGCGUUCUUAUAUCUGGCGGCGGCCUAUGGUUAAUCUCGUCUGGAGAACAUCAUGAUCCUCUUGCUAGAAGCGCCAGCAGCGCUUUAAGAGCAGUUCUUCCGCAGACGGAACGAGAUGUCGAGGUCUUGCAUGUGAUUGUGAACUCUAUGGCUGUGACAGCACGUGAAGAGGGUCGCUUGAUGGUUGACGCUUCCCUGAAUACCUUGCUCAUCCUCUCAAGAAACAUAGAAACAGCAGAGGAGUCCACCUUCCGGGCGCAUGCAGUGGUGAAACUUGCGCAUCCGCCUCCGGCUCUACUUAUUGGUGUUCCUUCGGAGAACAUCACUUCUGGUGCGACACCUUCCGGGAUUGCUCCCCCAAUUCUAUUGUCACCAUCAAACGACAGAAGACCAUUGCCAGCUGUUGUAUUCGCCGGCGCUUCACUGACUGCUCUGCGAGAACUCCUCGUUUACGUUGAGAAUGGAUUUCCCGUCAUAGUGCUGCAGGACAGCUGCGAAUUGUGUUUGAUUCUGCAUAGUGCCUAUUUGCUCUACAGAUCACCACAAUUCGAACAUGUGAAAUUUGUCACGUGGUUAGAAGAGCAACUGUCAGAAGUAUCCAUUGAAGAUGUUGAACAAGGCUCGGAGAUUGUUGUUAGAAUAUUUGCGACAGCGUUCGGAGAUACGCAGUUAAUCGAAUUUUUGGACAGUGAUGAGAUGCCAUCGCUUGCCUCCCGAAUCGUUGAAUUGUGCCUACAAAGUCAUUGUGGCUCCACAGAAGCGCGUCAAUUACUUCAACUCUCCGCUCAUAUCAACGAACCUUCAAUUCUUAAUGAAGUGGAUCUGGAUGACCUACUGGAUGAUGAAUUGAUGACUGCGAUUCUCUGUGAAACGGUUGCCGUAGCAGAUAGGGUUGCCUUUCUGGCUGCGAUAUUGGAACGUAAACCGCAAGUGACGGUAACAUCCGAGAUGCUUUUGAAGAUGGCUAGGAACUCUGACCAGAGCCGCCAUACCGCUUCGAGCGGUGCGAUGAAGACAACGGUUUUAAUCGCCAACGCAUUCAAGCAGCACUUUUUUACAACGGUGGUUUUAUGCCAGUGUAUGGGUUAUUCGUCUUUUCCAGAAGACGUGGAUGACAAAUUUGUGAAGGAUGUAAACCGUUUAUUGAGACGUCUUUCCUUUGGAGUUGAUGAGCUAAUACCACCAACAGCACUGAGCUGUGAUUUCAUGCAUAAUCGAGAUCCGGCAGAUGCAAUUAAAGUGCUCGCAAUCUGGUCUCUACUCCUGCACCGGCCGGCCGUGGUACGAUGUCUUUGUGCCUUCUCUGAUCAACCUGUUGCCUUUGCUUUGGUUUUAUCAAGGCUGGCGAGAUCACUUGCACGAGAGGCACAUGACUGGUUCUUCUACGAAGAGUCGUUGCUCAAACUGUCCGAUUCGCUUUCUUCUUCGGCAGUACAUCUGGUCGAUAAAGUUCAUCGAACUUCUCCUAACAAAGCGUACCAGUUGCUUUGUCAGCCGCUGGAAGGUUUCCAUGGUGCUACAUUGUCGCAACUUGCAUUUCAGCUCAACAAUCGAGCUCUCAUCGCUCAUGAAUCGUGCCAACGAUGGGUACAUCGCCUUCUCUACGGGCAAUUGCAGACGUCUUCGUCAAGCUUUUUUCCAAGGUGGAUAAAAAUGCUCAUCGCAGCAUAUUCACUGCCUCAGUACCCUGCACAGUGGGCCCUGCCGUCUCAGACGUCGGACGGUAUGGCGACCGGUGAGAGGCGAUCAAAUCUCAGGUUGCUCAGGACGUCAUUGAUUCUGGACCAAGGCGACACACGCACGACUCGCCAUGGAGACUGUCUCAGACCGUGUACUUACAACGCGAGAACAGUUUCCACAGACGCUGACCUGCAUGCCCUUCUCGUAGCUGCAGAGCGUAUCAAAUUUCACGUGAUUGCUCUGCAGGAGACCAAGUGUAGAAGGAGCGACGUACGACAGAUGAAUGACGGUACACUCGUCAUUCGUGGAGAGAAGGUUCCGUCGCGAAAUGUAGGCGGUGUUGGUUUUGUUGUUCACCCAUCUGUCGUGCAUCUGGUCGAUUCUCACGAGAUCCUGUCACCUUGUCUGGCCAGUCUUCGUCUCCGCCCUCUGCGCCAAAAAUCCAUCAGUAUCAUCAACUGCUACUCACCAAAAUCAGCAGCUGAUGAAUCCGAAUUGGACGCGUUCUACGAAGAGCUGGAGGAAGUAGCCCGCAACGAGAAGUGCUUCUACAAAUUCGUUGUCGGAGACUUCAACGCAAAACUAGGAAAGGCCACAGAAGAGGAAUACAGGAUUGGAAGAUUUGGAUUAUUAGACCGGAAUGAAAAUGGCAAUCGUCUCGCCGGGCUGUUGUCCGCCGCUCGCCUCUUUCAUGGGAACUCUCUUUUCAUGAAAAAAGAUCAUCGUCGGUGGACAUGGGAAUCGCCCAAUGGCGCGACUCGUGCGGAGAUCGACCACAUACUCACCAACCGGAGGUGA